AAAAUCACUUCCGAAAUGAACCUUUCCCAUUCCGCCAUUAUCCUCACCCUCACUUUCUUCCUCUUCCUACCUUCUUCUAACCCACUUUCCGAUUACACCACAUUAAUCUACAGAACCUGUGCAGCCCAAACGUUGAACCACCAAUUUUCUCUAACACUCAACUCUCUGUUCCAACAACUCAUUGCACAAUCCUUCCAACACAAGUUCUUCAGAACCACAGAAGCCGUUGAUGAUGAAACAGCCAUCUCGGGCCUUUUCCAAUGCAGAGAUGAUAUCAGCAAAGAAGAAUGUUUCAGCUGCGUCAACUUACUGCCUCAGAUGUCAAACACCUUGUGCAGUGAUUCCGUAUCAGCACGGGUACAACUUGACGGUUGCUAUUUGCACUACGAAAUUGAGGAAACAGCCGGUGAAUCUAGAAGUAACAGUUUGGUUCACAGAGAGUGUGGGAAACCGGUUAUGGAGUACGUGAAGUUCAAAGAGUUAAUGGAGGAGGGUUUUGCGACGCUGGAAAGUGGGAUUCUGAACAGUAAUGGGUUCUACUCGGUGAAUUAUAGAUCGGUGAAAAUAAUGGCGCAGUGUGAAGGAGAUUUAGAGACUUGUGACUGUAGCAGUUGCGUCAACGAUGCAGUGCUGGUUGGAAAAGAAGAAUGUGGUACUUCACUUUCGGCACAAAUAUAUCUUGACAAGUGUUUCAUAAACUACAACUUUUAUGGUAACUCUGUCCCAGGAGCAAGAAGCAAUGGCAACACGGAAAGGUUGGCAGCGAUAAUUGUUGGAGGGGCCGUUGCUUUGUUUGUGGGUUUUGCUUUGAUGUCGAUGCUUAACUCUCGGUUUAGAAAAGACGAAUAUGAAUAGAGAGUGAACUGAACUGGGUUUUCGUAAGAUUGGCCAUAGGAGAUCUAAUCAUACUCCCAAUCAUUUUAUUUAGACAAAAUUAUACUAAAUAAUAUUUUACAUCCUUUUUAAUUUUAAAA